AUGAACAUGCAGUGCUUCGUCGCCUUUUGCAUUGUCUGCUUCGCGAUGGUCACGGCGGGAUUCGACGAAAACUCUAAUGAAAUCUAUGAGCCUCAAGUAGCUGGCGAGGAUAAUAGCCUCUUCAGGAGCCUCAGGUCAAAUGGUAAACCGACGUUUAUCCGAUUUGGAAAACGAGCUCAGCCGAGUUUCAUUCGAUUCGGCCGAGCACAACCGUCGUUCAUCAGAUUCGGAAGGGAAGCAACAGCGUGA